GAUUGAGAUUGAGAUUACGAAUUCUUACGUAAACUGCUGAUUUUAGUUAGAGGCGUAGAUGAAAAUUGUAAUAAAAAUUAUGAAAAUUCUUGCUGCAACACCCGCCCGCCCGCAACCGAAGCACACGAGUACUUGCAUAAAUCAACGUCAACAGCAUGUCGGACAACCAACGGCCGCUGCCGCCGGUCUCGUCACAAAGCGAGGAUCUUGCACCGCCUAAGGCAGACUUUAGUGCGCCACCGCCAUAUGAAUUGACCAACAGCAACAACAGCAAUAACAUGGGUGGCGACAGCAUACCGCAGGGUUACAAUUUAAUAGCACAACAACAGCAACCACCGCCCAUGCUACAAGUGUCAUUGCCACCAAUAAAUGCGCCAACAAAUCAACCACCAACAGCAGCAGCAGCAACAGCAGCUGCAACAGCAACUGUACCAGCAACAGCUGAUAUGAUGAUGGUGAAUAGUAUUGUUGGCGGUGGCGGUAGCAUUGGCGUUGGCGAUAUGCCAAUAAUGCAACAUACCGUUAAAUUGCCCACAUACGAGGAAGUGCAAAUGGAGAAAUCAUUGAAUGGCGAAUUACCGCCACCAUUCAUGAAUGCACACAUGUUGCCACCGCUGCCACCACCCAACCCAUUACUGGCACACAUACGCGAUGGCGGCAAUAUGCCGAACAGCCGCACAACAGCAACUGGCACAACACCAGCUUUGACUUUUAUCGCCAUCGACGCCUCGGAAGCAGAGAAUUUGACAAGCAAUAGCGAUAAUGGUCUACUCGGCACCGAUGCCAUGUUCAUAUUGGCAUUUAUGGUGGCAUUCCUCUUCAAUUGGAUUGGUUUUUUGAUGCUCACCUGCUUUUGUCACACAAUCGCGGCACGUUAUGGUGCACUCUCGGGUUUUGGACUGUCGCUGGCCAAAUGGACGUUGAUUGUGAAGAAUUCCACCGAAUUGGCAUCGCAUGAGAACUCUUGGCUGUGGUGGCUUAUUAUGGCAUUUGGAUUCUUGAUUUGUAUACGCGCAUUCAUACAAUAUGUAUCGAUUAAGCGCACCUGGCGUUUGCUUAGCACCUCGGCGCAAGAGCGUUUGCUAUUUUUCUAUUAGUAGAAAGGAGGCGGAGGAGGGGAGAGGGGCGCACAGAGGAGGAAAGAGGAAAAGUUGCGGGUAUUAUUUUAUUGAUUGAUUGAUUGGUUGAUAGUUAUUGUUCGGUUGGUUGGUUGGUCGGUUGGUGCGUUGUGUUUAGUCGACGUGAGUCCGUUUUGGUGCAAUAGAAUUGUGUGUGUGUGUGAGUGUGCCACACACGCAUGCACUCGCACGCUUUUUUUAACUUUAAGCAGCCUUUUUUCAGUUCACUUUUACUGCAGCGUAGCGUAAUUGUAUAUAAUAUAAAUAAAAUUUACACAAACAACAAAAAAAAAAUAAUCACAAAUUGGGCUCAUACUGUAUGUAUGUAUUUAUGUAAUUAGAUUAGUGCAGUAGUCAAACUUAAGUUGUUUUUGUAGACAAACGAUAGAAAUUUAGCGAAAUAAAUUUGUGUCCUAAAUGAA